AUGGAACAUGUUUUGCAUCGUGCCCGUGUGCUGCUCCCGCGUCGCGGCUGGCGCGUCGGCCUUAUCAAGGAAUUCUACCCGCGCGGAGCGACACUGCUUGGACUCAAUGUGAAUGCCGGCAGCGAGGUAUGCAUUCGCUUCCGUGUUCCAGGCAAGAAAAACGAGUUCCUGCCAUUUCAUGAAGUGCUGUGUACAGCCUUGCACGAGUUUACGCACUGUGUGCACUCUCGGCACGAUCGUUCCUUCUGGAACCUCUACUACGAUUUGGUCAAGGAGUGCGAGGCGCUGGAAAUCACCAUGAUCCAGCAGGGCAUGCGGCUCUACCCAGAAAUCUACUCCGCACCCAGGAGCUGCUCCGGCACUGGGUCUCAGCACAGCCACUCUGGUCAUGAGGGCAGGACUGCAGCAACGGCCAGUAGCGCUCGAGGCGGAGGCCGUCGUCUCGGUAAUGGCGGCACUAGAGGAGGCAGUAGGGGACGAGGAGGUAGGGUGAGCACGGGCAGUCGAAAUGUCACACAAACCAUCACCAAGACCGCUCGCGCCGCCUCCAGCUGCAGCUCCUCGCCUACGAGCAGUGCGGCUUUUCCUGGGGAAGGGCGCCGCCUCGGCGUUGGCGGUCUCCGCCAGUACGACGCCCCAGUCGACUUCACCCCGACACGCGGCGUGCUGCGCCGCAUCCUUGCCGACGCGGUGGAGAGACGUCUUGUGCGGAAGCCGCCGUCACCAGCAACGGUCCCGCUGGGCUCGGAGCCUCUAGCUCUCUCAGUUGACAGCGGCACUUCCCCACAAGAAGAUGAGGAACAAUGCGAGGUGGACGACGACGGCGUACCGGACUGCGUCCCGCAUAGCCUUUCGGGUCACGAGGACGGCGGCGGCUGGAAUUGCCCACGUUGUGGUUUUCGCAACGAUGACAACGUGAUCGGUAGCUGCGCGUUCUGCGCUGAUUGCAAUGAGGGGGACGAGGUGAACGAAGGAGAGGCGACAUGGAUAAAGCGGCCUCGAUUCGACAACGAGCACUCACUUCUAGAAACGCCCACGAUAGUCGCCUCCUCGGCCACCGCGUCGAACACGAUGCCCGUGCAGCAGCCGAAACAGCAGCAGCUCGAGUGCACCGCAGAAGAGCACUAUAUUGUCGUGAGCGACGAAGACGACAGCUAG